ACUUUCAUGGCUUCAUUUAUGCUUCUCCUGCUUUGCCAUCUUUGCAGGGCCCAAAUAAACAGCAGUAACAAUGAUUCUUCUGAUGAGAUAGAUUUGGCUGGCACACAGAGGCCCAGCAUUGAGGGAAGUGAAGACGAUCAGGUGCUUCAGACUGACAUCUGGGUUGAGCUGUUGGCUCUGAGAGACUUGGUGGUGGAGCAAAGUGUAGAGCUUAGAUACUUGAAAGACAGAGUGACAGUUCUGGAUAGCCUGGUGGAGGCCUUACAGAAAGAAAAUACAGUCAUGGAGGCCAGGAUGACUGCAGCUGAGAUCCUGGUUGAAGAACUGCAGAUAAAGAAUGAUGCACAAGCUAGAGAGCUUGCAAUAGCUCGGCAGGAUCUCGGCGCUAUCCAGGAAACACUGACAGUCUGUGAACUUCACGUGGAGGAGGUGGAGAAACAGCAGGAAGCUCAAGCUAGAGAGCUUGCAGCAGCUCACCUGGAGCUCCGUGCUAUCAGGCAGACGCUGACAGUCAGUGAACUUCGUGUGGAAAUGCUGGAGAAACAGCUGGAAGUAGUGAAGGUGGCUUUUUCUGCCUCCCUCCUGGAAUCUGGUGAAGGUAACAUUGAAUAUGGCUUAGACUUUGCAACACUCAUCUUCAGAAAUGUCUUUACCAACACUGGAAACCACUACAACCCAAACACAGGUUAUUUCACUGCACCAGUAAGAGGAGUCUACUACUUUAGAUUUACUGGUUAUAUAGCGCACUAUGAGAAAAAUAUGAGGAUGAGACUUGUCAAAAAUUCUGAUGCCAUGGUUUUCAUUGGGGACCGUCAAACCACAACCACCGAUCCUGAGGACAAUGCAUCCAAUGGUGUGGUGUUGCAGUUAGAAGUGGGAGAUGUUGUUUCAGUACAACUGUCUGAUAGUGUUUGGGAUGACCAGUACCACAGAACAACUUUUAGUGGCUUUCUGCUCUUUCCUUUGUAAUUUCCAACAUACGAAUUGGACACAAGGCAAAGGUAACAUCAAAUUCACAGAGGAUUUUGUUUCUUAAUUUCUCUGCACUGGGUAGGUUUAUGGAAACAAACUCAUAAACAUAAAAGCAUGUGUAAUUCUGGAGCAUUCAAUUAAUAAAUUAAAAUUCUCCUACACAAACUUAGUCUUAAUUUUAAUCUUUGACAAGACUGACAGCCAUACAGUAGUUGAUAUGUCACAAAUCUAUAGCCCAAUCUACAUAUUUUAAAUUAUAGGUUCAAGGUAGACACAUCUAAUUUGAAGCACUGUUAAAUGACUUUAUGGAAAAUGUUAUUUAUGUUAUUCUGAAAAAACUAAAGUAAUGGUGAGUUUAGAUUAAUUUACUGACUCACUCAACUCGUUCUAAGCCUCUCACACUCUAAUCCAUAAAGAGAAAAUACAACACUUCAGUGCAACUAACCACAACCCCAUUCGCCAAAUAAUUAAGAAGUUGUAUAAACUAUAAACAAAACAUAAGCUUCACAGAUGACUUGAUUAUUUAGAGAAGAACUUGCAUAUUUCAACAAGACAGUGCUAAACUGCAUCUAUUACAACAGCAUGGCUUUGUAGUAGAGUCUGGGCGCCGAACUGUCCUGCCCGUAGUCCAGACUUUUCACCAGUUCAAAGCAUUUGGCACAUCAUGAAACAAAAAUAUGACAAAGAAGACCCCAGACUCAGUUUCCAGAUGUGUACAAUCAGUUAAAAGAAGAGAGGAUGCUGCACUUUUGUUGGACUAACAUGGGCCCAUCCCAACUUUUCUGAGCUGUGUUGCUGCUAUCAAAUUCAAAAUUGCCUUACUUUUUCCCAAAAGGGUACAUUUACUCAUUUGAAAAAUGUUAUACUUCUUCUAUGUUUCUAUUAUGUAUAAA